AUGACAAAUAGUACCCUUAGCGAAAUCGAACUCUUUGCAGCCACAAGCAUAACGCAUCUAUCCAUACUGGUAUAUCACCUGAUGCUUCCAAAAUCCACGCUUCUUGAGUUUAUGUUCUCUGCAGUUCCGCUAUAUUCAGUAAUUGUCUUUCUCAAAUAUUCAGGUUUGGUUUAUGCCCUAUUCCUUGUUGUGCUUGGUGUAUAUUUUUUAUUUGUACGACUGAAAAAGUGGAGGAGAUUGAGGGAGCCUGUGUGGCCAGGCAACCCAUCUAGUUACCCGAAGCAGUCUGUCGAUGCGCCCCAAGAUGAUGAGCCAUACACAUCAAUGGCAAUAGACAGAACUCGCUUUCUUAUCAUUGGAUGUGUUGUCAUUGCCAUAUUUGCAUCAGACUUUCCCUUUUACAAGGAAAAUGCCAAGCUGGGAAAAAGCAUGGGAUACGGACUCAAGCUUAUGGACAUAGGCGUAGGUUCUUUUGUAUAUAAUGCAGGCUUCUUUUCCACAAGGGCGGAUCCGCAGAGAAAAAUGAAGAAUGCACUAUCAUCCUUCUUUUUUGGAAUGCUGAGAUAUCUUUCCAAAGAAUUACUCAAGCUGGACGUCGAUGAUCGUGAGUUCGGUGUCCAUCUGAACUUCUUUUUGAUGCUUGGUGUUCUGAAUCUAGCCUCCCUUGUCAUAAACACGCGGGCAAACUUCCUACUAGGAUUCGGUAUGUGCUUGACUCAUGAGCUUUUCCUAAAGUUCUUUGGCCUAGAAAAGCUGAUAUACAGCUCCGCUAGGUCGAGCAUAAUAACCUCAAACAUAGAGGGAAUUACAUUCCUUCUCCCGCAGAUGGGAAUGUUCCUCAUGGCAGCUGAUAUAUCAAAAGUCGUAUUCAAAAAAAAGAACCUGAGCAUUAUCAUAUUAUACAACGCCUUUUUCGUUGCUGUAUUGUCGAUAGCCCGUGUCUACUCCACAUCUUGCCGGAGAAUACACAAUCUCUACUUCUGUAUGGUGAUAAUGCUUCUUCACACUACGCAUGGAAUCGUCUUCGAGGUAUUCAGUAGAACCUUCAAAAUUCGAAAUCUUGAGAUGCAUCGCUUCAUUAGCAAGUAUUUAUUAUUCAUCCUAGUCUGGUCUAAUAUGCUUGUGACGCUAAAUAAGCUACUAAGUGCUUCAAAAGAUAUGUCCAGGUGUUCGAGCCAUGCUUUGUGCAUCACAUACCUUGUACUUGUGUUUUAUGUUCCGUGUGCUAUAAAUAGUAAGGUGGCAGGAAAAUUACAGGUAAGCUAG